AUGAAAUCAGAGGAAUAUCAUAGUGAUCCGUUUUAAUGGUCUGAAGAUGAUGAGGAGGUCGAGCAUGAAUAGCUUUUGAAUGACUACAGGAGAAAAUAAUAGGUUCCUAUCAACGCAGGAGAUCUCGAAUCAAAUGAUAAAAGACAGAUGAAAAAGAUUCAUAGUCUUUCAAAGAAAUAUGAUUUGAAUAGAUAGCCGAUAUUCCACUAACAAAAUAAGGGAGCUGGUGAAAAAUUAUGCUGUUGCAUUGUCUAAAACUAAGAUUUGAACAGAAGAGAAAUUAGAAAAUAUUACUAAUUCAGUGAGGAUUUAGUGCAAUUUUACGAUGAAAAAAACUCCUAGCAUGAGGCUCAUCUUAAAUAGUAUUAUCUUGAUAACUUCAGAACAUAUGAUCGUGGACAAAAUAUUCCUGAUAAUCUAAUAUCAGAUGAAUGGACUAAAAUCGGAUUCUAGGGUAAAAAUCCUCGUACAGACUUCAGAGGUGGAGGUAUUCUUGGUCUUUAAAGUUUAAGAUACUUUACUUAAAAUUAUAACGAAAUUUAUUAAGAGAUGAUAAAUGACAAGACAGAGACAUUCUUCACAGCCAUAACUGGCAUUAACAUUGCUCAUUCAAUCUUGACCUACCUAUACAUGAAUAAGAACGAGGUAGCAAACUAAGUUAAAAAGCUCAGAGCGGGCCGAAAAUAAUUUAAGACCUUUGCGAAAUUGAACGCAAGAUCAAAGCAGACAUUCUUUGAAUUGCAUGCUUUUGUGUUCAUUAGAACGUUUUAACAUUGGAAAGUGGAAUAUGAGAAGUCUAAGCCCAGAAUGCCAAAUUUUUAUGAAGUUCAAGACUUAGCAAAGAAAGAAAUGCAUGACUUACUUUCAAAUACCGAAUUAAAUGAUGUCAAGUCUGUUAUUAAAAGAAACAAUUAGAUAGCUAGUGAAAAAUAUAAGUGA